AUGUGCCGGCCGGAGGGUGCCCGGCAGCGGCGGGGCGGGAGCAGCCACUGGCCGGGGCAGAGGCACCGGUGGGGGCUGUCCACUCCCGGGGCCCGCAGCCUCCUAAAACCCGGCGCGGGCGCGGGCGGGCGCGGGGCCAUGGGCGCGAGGGCCGCCCUGUGCGCCCUGGCGCUGCUCUGCGCGCUCGGCCGGGCUCAGCGCUGCGGCCCGGGGCGCUGCCUGCUCGGCUCCGGGACGGACGAGCGCUGCUGCCGCUCGCCAGGCCCGGCCCAGGACUGCGCCUCCGAGGACACCGAGAACUGCUCCUGUCUGCAGCCCGAGUUCUACUGCGCAGACCCCCAGUGCAGCAGCUGCCGGCACCACCCCUGCCUGCCCGGCCAGAGGGCGCAGGCACAUGGGCGAUUCAUUUUUAACUUCGACUGCGUGGACUGCGGGCCAGGCACCUUCUCCCUGGGCCAGGAGGACCACUGCAGGCCGUGGACAGACUGCUCCCAGUUCGGGUUCUCCACUGUGUUCCCCGGGAAUCGGACGCACAACGCGAUGUGCAGCCCGGGGCCCCCGCCUGCUGCGCCUGCCAUGGCUGCCGACCCCCUGGCCCUGGCCAUCCUUGCCAUGGCCGCCUGCGCCCUGGCCCUGACCGCCGCCCAGUUGAGUCUGCUCCUGUGGUGGCUGAGGCGGCUGCGGCUCCCGGGUCACUGGUGCCCUGCACCUGUCGGGGAGGCCAGCCCCGGCCUGCUCACGGACGGCAGCCACCCCUCAGGGCCCCUGCUGCCCACCGAGGAUGCCUGCAGCUGCCAGUUCCCUGAGGAGGAGCGGGGGGAGCCGCUGGCGGAGGACAAGGGCCAGCCGGCGGACCUGUGGGUAUGA